AUGUCGGGCGACUGGGAUGAAGACCUGUGCAAGAAGGCGCUGAUGCUGGUGGAGGAGCUUUGUUUCAACUCCCCACGUGGGUACAGCCAGAGUGAACUCUGCCAGGAGUUUAGCUACCUGCUCAGGGGGCGCAACAGACAGUUGGAUGCAGAGAUUUCCGUGAGCCUGCUGUCGGUGAUCGUUACCUUCUGCGGCAUUGUGCUGCUGUCGGUCUCGCUCUUCGUGUCGUGGAAGCUAUGCUGGCUGCCGUGGCGGGACAAGGAGGGCGGCGGCCUGAGCCUGACCUCGGGGCUCCUACCUGGGAGCACCGGGGUCCCGGGCGCCGCUCCAGGCUCCUCCUUCCUUCCGCCACUGCUGCAAAGGAAGGAGGGACAGUCGUCCUCCUCGCUCUACCCGUCGCUGGGCCAGCACCACCCACACUUCUCCGACCUGGCCGGCCUGGAGAGGGGCGACGGCCCGGGCGUUGGCGGCGUGGUGGGCGGCCCGCAUGAGACCCAGGAGCACUCCUACCUGGACAUGGACUCGUAUCCCAACAAUGCCGGGACGCUAAAGCUGAGCCAAACAUCUCCAGAUGUGCCCAACUCCGAAGGUGGCGGCGCUCACCCCCAUAAAGACCUGCCCAACGCCGUUUCCCAGCAGCAGGUCACCGCCCGACCCAAACCCAUGACUCACCAGCUAUCCAGUCCCGACUUCCACGGCGAGGAGAAGGAGCAGGUGACCAGCAUCGGCCAAAUCAAACCCGAGCUGUACCGGCCCAAAGGGGACCAAGGCGAUGGCAAGCAGGGCGAAGCCUGCGGCAAGAUCAGCUUCCUGCUGCGCUAUGCCUUCAACACGGAGCAGUUGGUGGUGAAGAUACUGAAGGCGUUGGAUCUACCCGCCAAGGACGCCAACGGCUUUUCUGACCCUUACGUCAAGAUCUACCUGCUGCCUGAUCGCAAGAAGAAGUUCCAGACUAAGGUGCACAGAAAGACUCUUAACCCCGUGUUCAACGAGACAUUCCAGUUCGGCGUGCCUCUUAAUGAGCUUCACUCCCGCAAGCUUCACUUCUCCGUCUACGACUUUGACCGCUUCUCGCGCCACGACCUGAUUGGACAAGUGGUGGUGGACAACCUGCUGGACUUCAGCGAGGGCAGCGGAGACAAACCUGUGUGGAGGGACAUUAUUGAGGGCACGGCGGAGAAGGCCGACCUCGGGGAGCUCAACUUUUCGCUGUGUUACCUGCCCACAGCUGGCAGACUCACAGCCACCGUCAUCAAGGCCACCAACCUUAAAGCCAUGGACCUGACCGGUUUCUCAGACCCUUAUGUGAAGGCCUCACUGAUCUGUGACGGUCGCCGGCUGAAGAAAAGGAAGACGUCCAUCAAAAAGAAUACGCUGAAUCCUACCUACAAUGAGGCACUAGUGUUCGACAUUCCCAACGAGAACAUUGAGAGCGUGUCCAUUGUCAUUGCCGUGAUGGACUAUGACUGCAUCGGUCAUAAUGAGGUGAUAGGAAUGUGCCGCGUUGGCAGCGAUGCAGACGGCCCAGGAAGGGAGCACUGGACAGCCAUGUUGGCCAAUCCACGCAAGCCAAUAGAACACUGGCAUCAGCUGGUGGAGGAAAAAGCAAUCGGAACGUUUGUGUCAACAAAGGGCGAAGCGUCACCGUCGUCCAAGCCACAUAUCGUGGUGGACAGUCCUCACUCUGAUUAA